AUGGAUGACCUCGAAGAGGAAGAGGAAGAAGAAGAAAAGGAGCAGAGAAGGGCUGCGAGGCCAGCACCAGCGCCGAGCCUGCCCGAGGAGCCCGUGCAACAGAAGCUGAUCAAGCUCAAGGCAUAUCGAUUCAGACCGUCCAAGAAUGCCUGGAAGCACGUGGUGACGAAUGUACACCGCGAUGACGAACAUGCGGUGGACGAAAAGAAGGGCCCGUGUUCUCAGCUGAGGAUUAUCUCGUGGAAUAUAGACUUUGACUCGCCGCACAAGGAGGAGCGGCUCACGGCGGCUCUGCGGCAUAUCGAGGAAGAUGUUCUGCAGUGCAAGGAAGAUGAACCCCCGGAGCCAUGCUGUAUCCUCCUUCAAGAGGUCAAUCAAUCGGUAAUGCCAUCUCUUUUGCGCGACGAGUGGGUUCGGAGAUGGUUUGUGGUGACGCCGUACACGAAGGACAAAUGGCCAGAGGACGCAGGCUAUGGGAACGUGACUCUUAUUUCGCGCUCUCUCAAUCUUGUUGAGAGCCACAUUCUGCACUACGGCUAUUCGGUUAUGAGUCGCACCGCGCUGUGCGUCAAGAUCAAGCUGAAUGUUCCAGGGACACAGGAGAAGAGGGUCAUUUCAAUCGUAAACACACAUCUAGAGUCGUUGCCGCAGGGAACACCAUUCAGACCAAAGCAGUUGGAGAUGUGUGCACGUUUUCUACGGUUGAACGGGGUGUAUGGUGGUGUGAUUGCAGGAGAUAUGAACAGUAUUGCACCUGGCGACGCAGAGAUUGGCAAGAGGUUGGGCCUCAAAGACAGUUGGCGUAAAGGUGACGACUCAGACGCUGGCAAGACUUGGGGGUUCCAGGGACAAAAUCAAGGCAACUACCCGACUGCAAGAUUAGACAAAGUAUUUUACCUACCUGGAAUGGGGUAUAGGGUGGACCAGCCUAAAUGUAUUGGCGUCGGAUUAAAAAUCCUGGAGUCUUCAGACGAGGCGCUAUGGGUUAGUGACCACUACGGGCUAGAUACCACCCUGCGGAUGUUGAAGCCAAGAUCGAACUCAUCGUAG